ACAGUAAUAAAAAUAAAGGCGCUUCUGCUCCAUGUUGAGAUUUACCUGUUUUUCUCAGAUCUAAGACAAAAUCCAGAAACAAACUCACCGUAUAAAUAUCCCUCACCUUCACAAACUCUUCCCACUUCCAAAAAUGUCUAAGUUGCUCUUCACUCUCCUCCCUCUCUCUGCUCUUCUCUUUCUCCUCACCCUCUUUUCCUUUAAUAAUUUUCGCCCCACAUUUUUUGAAAAUUACUCAAACUCCCCCAGAAAAAUUCAUGUUUACAGACACGUCCAAAUAGCCAAAUCCACAUGUGAAGGCACAUUGUACCCCGAUCUCUGCGUCUCCACCGUCGCCGCCUUUCCGGAGCUCCGACGGAAGACACUGCCUGAGAUUAUUUCUGGCACUAUUAACGUCACAAUGAAGGAGGUCAGAGCCUCCGCCUCCAACUGCAGCAGCCUGCGUCGCAAGCUCAUGAAGAAACUCGCGCCGCUCGAUUUACAAGCUCUGGACGACUGUCUCGAGCUGUUCUCCGACACUGUCGGCGAGUUGAAGAGAAUCCUCGCCGAGUUAUCGGCCGGCAAUUCCCCCGAAAAGUACUACGACGACUUGCAGACGCUCCUGAGCGGGGCGAUGACGAAUCAGGACACCUGCCUCGACGGAUUCGCGUACAGCAAGAACAAUACGCGCCAACUGAUUCAAGGCAGGCUGAAGAGAAUCACGAAACACAUGAGCAACUCGCUCGCAAUGGUUAAGAAGUUGAAGAAGAGGAGCAAGAAGAAGCCGGGACACGGCGAGGAGUUCCCGGAGUACGGGCAAAUGAAAGAUGGAUACCCAACGUGGCUGAAGAAGAAUGACCGAAGAUUGCUGCAGACGGCGGCGAACGAAACGAAGUACGAUCUGGUGGUGGCGCAAGACGGCAGCGGUAACUUUACCACCAUUAAUGAAGCAUUGGACGCGGCUCCGAACAACAGCGACACGAGGUUCGUGAUUUACAUUAAGGGAGGAGCGUAUUACGAGUACAUCGAGGUGGUCAGGAAGAAGACAAUGAUCAUGUUUUUGGGAGAUGGGAUUGGGAAAACAUUGAUUAAGGGGAACAGAAGCGUGGUGGAUGGCUGGACUACCUUCCGAUCUUCUACUGUUGCUGUAUUAGGAAACGGAUUCAUAGCCAAAGGCAUUACCUUCGAGAACUACGCCGGCCCGAGCAAACACCAAGCAGUUGCUUUACGCAGCGGCGCCGAUUUCUCGGCUUUCUAUCAAUGCAGCUUCGUUGCCUACCAGGACACGCUUUACGUUCACUCCCUCCGCCAAUUCUACCGCGAAUGCGACAUCUACGGCACCAUAGACUUCAUCUUUGGAAACGCAGCCGUCGUAUUCCAGAACAGCAACCUCUACGCCCGCCGACCCAACGACAACCAGCGGAACAUCUUCACCGCCCAGGGAAGAGAAGAUCCGAAUCAGAACACCGGGAUUUCCAUCCUGAACUGCAAAGUCGCCGCCGCCGCCGAUCUGAUCCCCGUUCUAUCGCAAUUUAGAACGUUUUUGGGGCGACCGUGGAAACAGUAUUCGAGGACUGUUUUUAUGUACUCCAAGAUGGAAAACGUGGUGGAUCCUCAGGGGUGGUUGGAAUGGAAUGGCUCUUUUGCUCUGGAUACGCUUUACUACGGAGAGUAUAUGAAUCGGGGCCCCGGUUCGAAUACCAGCGCCAGGGUUACGUGGCCGGGUUAUCGGGUUAUCAAUAGUUCGACGGAGGCCAGCCAGUUCACCGUAGCGAACUUCAUUCAGGGGAAUCAGUGGCUGCCGGCUACUGCGAUUCCGUUCUAUCCUAAUUUAACGGCGAUUUCAGCUAUCUAGGGUCCACCGGUUUAUACAGGUGGAUGGGGUGGGGUUUGUACACCGGAUAGAGAUGGGAAUCUUGUAGUUUAUUGAAUUAGUAUGUGAAAUUUGUUUGGAUUUAAUUUGGGCUAAAAUUUAUCAAGUACGUACCACUUAAUAUG